AGCUCACUUGUAAAGUGAGUUGUUUCCAAGGUUUAGUGAAAUCUGUAUGCACAUCCAUACGUAAAAUCGGCUCGUAUUUAAACACAAGUCUCUUCAAAAUCCUAAAACUUAUUUAUCGUUAGCCUCGAAAAUCACUUAUUCAUGUACAUAAAUAAAUGAAUACUUUGUAAAUAAAACAGUGUUCUGAAAAGUUACUUAUUACAAAAUGUGUACAAAAAUGGUCAAAACUGAACAAAACUUUCUCCUCUUUAGAGAACUCGUUGACCGAAUUAAUUUAAAAUACAAAGAUUGCAAAAUGUUGGCUGGUCGUAAUGUUUCCAACGACGUGGAGUCCAGCUUUAUCGAGGAAUUAGUCCGUUUGGCCCGCGGCGGAGGGGAUGUCCAUAAAUUUCUAAUAUAUCUCGAAGAAAAAGUGCCUGGAGUCGAGAGUAGAGCGUGGAUGGUCUUUUGUUGGGCUUACGCUGAUAUCCUGCACAAAGAAAAGGAUGAGCUCCCAUCUCGCGAAAGAUAUGGAAAAUUAAAGGAAUUCUUCUCUUCUUGCAUUCAACAUCACGCCAAAGGUUUACACGACCUGCAGCAAAUCAUGGGGAUGAUCGAACACACCGGGAAAAUGGGUCCCCUGGGGAAGGCAGUGGUUAGAAAAGGUUCGGAAACCUCCACCCUGGAGGAAAUCAUCCAUGCCAAGACGAAGACUUUUUCCCGUAGCGGGAAAGUGCUCCCAAUCAGUCAGAUCGGUCACGGAUACAACCGAGUAAAAUGGUCAAUUUCCGACUUUUACCCCAAACUAGGGGGUGUACUUGACCAUGUGAAACAACCAAUUUCCGACUUUUACCCCAAACUAGGGGGUGUACCUGACCAUGUGAAACAACCAAUUUCCGACUUUUACCCCAAACUAGGGGGUGUACCUGACCAUGUGAAACAACCAAUUUCCGACUUUUACCCCAAACUAGGGGGUGCACCUGACCAUGUGAAACAAUCAAUUUCCCACGUACCUUUAGACGACGGGCCCCUCGUGGUAUUGGAGAUUUCCAUGUGCGAUAGCAUCCGUGACUCCUCAAGCCUGAUCAAGAUACCUGCUUAUAUAGAGGAAAUGGUGGGAAUGCCCAGAUUUGCCGACGCUAAAGAUCCGUCCUUCCCAAUUUGCAAAAGGUUGACCCAAAUGUGCGAAAAGGUCGGACCUUUACGCGAGCCCGUCUUGGCGAUCGCGCUGCUCUGGGUCUACGUCGGCGUGUUGGACAAGCGGAGGAGGAACUACGACCCGGUGAAAGCUGUCACUGGAGUGGACGGCCGGCUCGGGGGGUUGUUUAAAAUUUCGGUAGAAAAAUAUAAAUAUGGGAAUAGCGCGCAUGUUAUAAACUUAUGGAAUGCGAUUUUGGAGUUGUCCCCUCACAUGGAUGGUUUUUUUCCAAUUACGUCCGCCCUCAUUCAUGAAACCUAUCCCAACGUGGACCUGAACCUCCCACCAGAUCGAGUUAGCUACAAGCCGAAAAGCUUUUAUGUCCCGACCGGCUGGAAAAUGUUAGUUCCGCAAGCACAGGAUGGAAAGGCAAAUAUAUUAUUACCACAAGUCCUUCGACACAAUUUGGGGAAAGGAAUACUUGGGCCAAGACCAGAUUCACGGCAACCAUGGGUUAAUCCAGCUUCACUGCCUUCAUGGCGGAUUUCCCCGACUUCACUUCGUCCAGGGGCGAAUCCACCAACUUCACUGCCUUCCUGGGCGACUCGUCCGACUUCACUGCCUUCCUGGCCGAAUCAUCCAACUUUACUGCCUCCAGUAGCGAAUUUUACAACGUCAAUGCCUCCAUGGCGUAACGCAAACUCGAUUCUGCCACGUGUUAAUCCAACUACACCUUCACCGUGGGUCAAUCCAACGUCACGUUCUCCACGAGUAAAUCCAAGUACAAUGCCACAAUGGGUUAAGCCAAGUUCACCCCCACUUCCGGUUCCGCCAGCCGCAGGGAACGUUUCUCCUCCUCUCGCGAAGAAGCAUAGAGUGGACAAAUUUGACAACCCGAAGCCACAGGGUACCGGGGUACUCCAAGUGAAAGACGAAUGUCAAAUUAUUAAGGAGAUGGUUAGGAAACUACGAGGCGUGAUAGAAUUGGCUGACUUGACAGGUCCCUCACCAAAGCUGGAACGCAUGGCGGAUAAGGAUUUCGAGAACGAAAUGAAAUAUCCACAAAGUUCAAUACUUUUGAGAGAAUCACAAAUUGAAGAAUCAGACCGACGUAACAAACCGGAUGUAAUGGGAUCAGAUUCACAGGUGAAAAUGGACGUGAACGGAUCGUGUCCCAGCGAGGAACCGGAUAUGAGCGGAUGGGAUUCUCGUGAGGAACCGGAUAUGAGCGGAUGGGAUUCUCGUGAGGAACCGGAUAUGAGCGGAUGGGAUUCUCGUGAGGAACCGGAUAUGAGCGGAUGGGAUUCUCGUGAGGAACCGGAUAUGAGCGGAUGGGAUCCUCGCGAUGAACCGGAAAUGAACGAAUCGGAUCCUCGCGAUGAACCGGAAAUGAACGAAUCGGAUCCUCGCAAUGAACCGGAUAUGAGCGGAUCGGAUUCUCGCGAUGAACCGAAAAUGAACGAACCGGAUCCUCUCGAUGAACCGGAUAUGAGCGGAUCCGAUCCUAGCGUGGAACCGGAUAUAAGCGAAUCUGAUCGUAUCUUUGACCCCGAAGUCUUAUUAUUCGUGACGGACCCUAAUACACUAAUUAGACUUAAUCCGUCCCUCUUUCCUUCCAAGGGUGGUGGUUGGACAGCGAGUUGUCUGCCAAACUGGGGAGAGAGAAAUUCCGACAAGAAGGAUGACACUCCCGACCCACGUCCGGGCCUUCCAACGGUUCCGGCAGGCUGUACGGAAACCCUGCUUGGGAUCGAUUUCACACCUGAAGAGUAUCUCGAGCAGACGAUCGCGGACAAUUAUUAUGCUCAAGGGCUCAAACUGGUUGAUGGGGCUAGGCGAGUCGUGUUCUAUCAUAGAGACAAUCAAAGUGGUGCGCCCUGUUAAAAAUAAUGUUACUCUUUUCAAAAGUAAAUGUAGUCUACAUUUUAUGUUAAGCUAGACUAAAUUCAUGUUAAGGAGUAAAGAUUUCUCCGGUUUUAGUGCAGUUUCUUUAAUAUAAAAUUCAGAGUCUACGGCUUUUAAAAAUUGUCAGAGUUAUUUUGGGAAUUAUCACGGUAAUUUUUUAUUCAUAUUUUGAAGUUUAAUCGGUCAUUCAUAUCCGAUGUCUACUUAUAAACUAG